AUUACCCAAACACGCAAAUACAAUACACAACUUCACACCGUUUCCUCUCUCUCACAUUCUCUUUUCCUCCUCCUCUCUUUCUCUGUUUUCAAGUCUCGACGUUUUCAUGGUGGAAAUGGUUAUGGAAGCGGGACAGGAUCGAGAAAUCGUCGCGGUCGUCGACGACAGCGACUGCUCGAACGUCGUCGUGAAAGGUAAGCGGACGAAGCGACAGAGGCAGCCGUCUCCCCUGCCUUUCCAGCCGCGGCCGACGGUGCCUGUGACGACCGACGUCUCCUCCACGGCGACUUCCUCUUCCGAGCAGAGCACCUGUACGGUGGAAGAGGACAUGGCGAACUGCUUGAUUCUGCUGGCUCGGGGCCGCCGCAGCUCCAGCCCUCCGCCGGCGGUGGAGCAACGAGGGGUUUUCGUUUACGAGUGCAAGACGUGCGGCAGGGGAUUCAAUUCGUUCCAAGCGCUCGGCGGGCACAGGGCCAGUCACAAGAAGCCGAGGACGGCCGGCGGCGACGGUGGAGGCGCGGACGAAAACAACAACAAUAAUAAUAAUCAGAAUAGCAGCAAGGUCUUGGUUGGAAACGUGGAUCAAAAAUUGCGGGAAGAAGAAGGCGAAGCGGAAUUAUUGGCCCUCUCGUUGCGAAUUGUGAGUACGGCGGCCGUCAACGACGAUCAUAAUAAUCCUCCGGCGACAACGGCGGUGGCGAAGCCGAGUAAGGUUCACGAGUGUGCGAUCUGCGGCGCGGGAUUUUCGUCAGGACAGGCGUUGGGAGGACACAUGAGGCGGCACAGGACGGUGGUGCCGGUGCCGCCUGCGGCGGCGUUGACGACGAUGACCGCCGUAAGAAACGGAUUGGAGUUGGAUCUCAAUUUACCGGCGCCAGAAGACGGAGUAGACGGGAGGGAAACGAAUACUAAGUUCCGGUUCCCGGCGCAAGGAUUGCAGCUCGUGUUCACGGCGGCGUCUCCUAUGGUGGAUUGCCAUCUCUGAAUUUUAAAAAUGACGACUUUCAUUUUCUCUUCUAAUUUUUUAUUAGCUUGGUGAUGAAUUGAUUCACCAAGUUAAUUAAAAUGACCAUUCUUUGUGUAAAAUUUGUGAUUAUCAAAUUCUUUUAACUUGCAUGGAUUAAUUAGUUUAAUAUUUCUCGCUAAUUGUAAUGUAUAAUCAUGAUGAUCAUCAUCAAUUCUUCCAAAUUGAAGAACAUAAAAUUCUUAUUGAUUA